AUGGCUGUAACACUGAGCCCAAACAGCAGUGAUUCUGUGUUUUCAGUGAUGAUCUGCGGGACCUUUACAAGCCAUGAUCUGCCUGUGAUCAAGUGUGUUUUAAUCAGUCAUAGGAGCAAUGAGUCAUCCCUGGGGCACCCAUCACCAUAUCCCAUGGUGUCAAGAUCAACAGAAGACCUCGGGUGUUCUCGGAGGCCCGAGAGCACAGAGCUCAUCUAUGAAGCAUCCAAGGUCGAAGUUGACGUCUCUGCGUCCAUUACCCUGCAGGUGAUGGUCAGUGCCGUGGGCAACUUUUCAUGCCUCUGGAUCUUCAAACACACUUUUCUAAACUGCCAGCCUAACUUUGAUUUACAGAACAGGGGGGUUAUCUCCAUGGUCAUUUUGAAAAUGACAGAAACCCAAGCUGGAGAAUACCAGCUUUUUAUUCAGAGUGAAGCCUCCAAUUACACAAUCUUGUUUACAGUGAGUAUACGAAAUACGCUGCUGUACACACUGAGAAGACCUUACUUCCGCAAGAUGGGAAGUGAGGACGCGCUGCUCUGCGUCUCGGAGAGCGUCCCAGAGCCCGAGGUGGAGUGGGUCUUCUGUGAUUCCCAGGGUGAAAGCUGUAAAGAAGAGAGUUCAGCUGUUGUCAAAAAGGAGGAACGGGUACUUCAUGAAUUGUUUGGAACAGACAUAAAAUGCUGUGCGAAAAACGAGUUGGGCCGGGAGUGUACCAAGCUGUUCACAAUCGAUCUAAACACAACCCCUCAAACACCACCACCACAAUUAUUUCUUAAAGUUGGAGAGCCAUUGUGGAUAAGAUGCAAAGCUGUGUAUGUAAACCAUAGAUUUGAACUCAAAUGGGAACUAGAAAACAAAACACUGACAGAGGACAGCUUCUUUGAGAUGAGUACCUAUUCAACAAACAGAACUAUGAUACGGAUUCUGUUUGCUUUUGUAUCAUCAGUAGGAAGAAAUGACACUGGAUCCUACACUUGUUCCUCUUCAGAGCAUCCCAGUAAAUCAACCUUGGUUACGAUUGUAGACAAGGGAUUUAUAAAUGGCUCCAGGUCCAGUGAAGAUUAUGAAAUUGACCAGUAUGAAGAGUUUUGUUUUUCUGUUCGGUUUCAAGCCUACCCGCAGAUCAGGUGCACCUGGACUUUUUCCCGGAAGUCCUUCCCUUGUGAACACAGAGGCCUUGAUGAUGGAUACAGUGUAUCUAAGUUUUGCAACCAUAGACACCAGCCUGGAGAAUAUACAUUCCAUGCAGAGAAUGAUGAUGCCCAGUUCACAAAAGUAUUUACACUGAAUAUAAAACGGAAACCUCAAGUGCUGGCUGAGGUAUCAGCAAAUCAGGCUUCUUGCUCCUCCGAUGGAUACCCGUUACCAUCUUGGACCUGGAAGAAGUGCUCAGACAAAUCUACCAACUGCACAGAUGAAAUCACAGAAGGCAUCUGGAGUAAAAAAGCUCACAGAAAAGUAUUCGGACAGAGGAUAUCAAGUAGUACCCUCAACAUCAGUGAGGCAAUGAAGGGUUUCAUGGUCACGUGCUGCGCUUACAAUUCCGUGGGCAACUCUUGUGAAACAAUCCUUUUGACCUCAUCAGAUCCUUUCCCUUUCAUCCAAGACAACAUCUCAUUCUAUGCAACAAUUGGACUUUGUCUUCCCUUCAUUGUGGUUUUAACUAUGCUACUUUAUCACAAGUACAAAAAGCAAUUCAGGUAUGAAAGCCAGAUGCAAAUGGUACAGGUGACUGGCUCACUGGACAAUGAGUACUUCUACAUUGAUUUCCGAGAAUUUGAGUAUGAUCUCAAAUGGGAGUUUCCAAGAGAAAAUUUAGAGUUUGGAAAGGUCCUAGGAUCGGGUGCUUUUGGAAAAGUGAUGAAUGCAACAGCUUAUGGAAUUAGUAAAACAGGAGUCUCAAUCCAGGUUGCAGUCAAAAUGCUGAAAGAAAAGGCAGACAGCUCUGAAAAAGAAGCUCUCAUGUCAGAACUCAAAAUGAUGACUCACCUGGGAAGCCAUGAGAACAUCGUCAAUCUGCUGGGGGCGUGUACACUGUCAGGGCCAAUCUACUUGAUUUUCGAAUACUGUUGCUAUGGUGAUCUGCUUAACUAUCUAAGAAGUAAAAGAGAAAAGUUUCACAGGACGUGGACGGAGAUUUUUAAAGAACACAAUUUCAGUUUUUACCCCACUUUCCAGUCACAUUCAAAUCCCAGUAUGCCUGGCUCAAGAGAAAUGCAAAUACAACAGGAUCUGGACCAAAUGUCGGGGUGCAAUGGAAAUUCAUUUCAUUCUGAAGAUGAAAUGGAAUAUGAAAACCAAAAAAGGCUGGAAGAAGAAGAGGACCUGAAUGUACUUACGUUUGAGGAUCUUCUUUGCUUUGCCUAUCAAGUUGCCAAAGGGAUGGAAUUUCUGGAAUUUAAAUCGUGUGUGCACAGAGACCUGGCGGCCAGGAAUGUCCUGGUGACCCAUGGGAAAGUGGUGAAGAUAUGUGACUUCGGAUUGGCCCGGGACAUCAUGAAUGACUCCAACUAUGUGAUCAGGGGCAAUGCCCGCUUGCCUGUCAAAUGGAUGGCUCCGGAAAGCUUGUUUGAAGGAGUCUACACGAUUAAGAGUGACGUCUGGUCCUACGGAAUAUUACUCUGGGAAAUUUUCUCACUUGGUGUGAACCCUUACCCUGGGAUUCCAGUUGAUGCAAACUUCUAUAAACUCAUUCAAAGUGGAUUUAAAAUGGACCAGCCUUUUUACGCUACAGAAGAAAUAUACUUUAUAAUGCAGUCCUGCUGGGCUUUUGACUCACGGAAGCGGCCCUCCUUCCCUAACCUGACUUCGUUUCUCGGAUGCCAGCUGGCAGAUGCAGAGGAAGCGAUGUAUCAGAACAUGGAUGACCGUGCAUUGGAACGACCUUCCAGCUACCAAAACAGGCAGCCUUGCAAUCAAGAGGUGAGCCCAGAGGCCCCCUCUCCACAGGCUCAGCAGGAAGAGUCAUAG